AUGAAUCCAAUCUCGCCACACGUCUCUCCCAAGGUUCAGCUGGUUCCCUAUGCCCGCACCGCCAGCUUCGACAUCUCACUGUCAGAUGCGGAGCGAGAACUCUUGGACAAGGCCUCGACCAACUUCGAUGCUCUCGACCUGUCGUCCAAGGACUUUGACUUUGAAGACAUCUUCACCUAUGACAAACCUCAAAAGAAACUCAACAGGGUCGUCGAGGUGUCGAGGCCAACUCGAGACUACCGUGACUGGUCUUCGUUCUCUUUCUCCCACUAUUCGGCUGCUGUCAAUACAAGACAGAAGGUCAACAAAGCCAAGUCAGGCAUCGGGGAGUUGUACUUGAAGAACAAGUCGGAUGCACAACAAAAGUCGUAA